UCGGAUAUAUACACAGUCUCCAUAUAUACACACAGUCACUCACUCAAAUGUUGUGUUGAGCAUUUUUAUUGUUAUUAGAGAGAGAAAUUAGAGAGAGAAAAUUGAAGGGGGUUUAUAAGCUAGGGUUUCUCAAAAUCAAUUUCAGUAGUUAAUUUCUAGGGUUUAAUUUGAUCGUAAAGUCUCGUAAUGGCCGGAAAAUCAGCCGUGCUUUCAGACGACGAAGAUGAGAUGGAGGUGUAUGAUAACGAAGAAGAAGAGGAUGACGAAGACGAGACAGGACAGGAUGAAUACGAAAAUGAUGGUUUUAUAGUCGAUGAUGAAGAACAAGAAGAAGGUGGUGACAGUGAUGAGGAAAUGCAGAAGAAAAGGAGGCGGAAGAAAAGGGAAUCCCAGAAGAACUACGUCCUUGAUGAAGAUGACUAUGAGCUGCUUGAGGAUAAUAAUGUCACGGGUUUCCGGCGUCCAGAGCAGGAGAGUAAAAAGUUCAAGCGUUUGAAAAAAGCUCAAAGGGAUCAUCAUUCUGGACUUUCUGGUGGCAAUGAAUUUGAUAGAUCUGGCAGGGAUGUGCUCCAACACAGCUUAUUUGGGGAUGAUGAGGGAACAGAACUCGAAGACAUUGCAGAAGAGGAGCAACUAGAAGAAGACAAUGAACUUGGGGAUGAGGAUGAUUUGGGUGAUUUCAUUGUCGAGGAGGAUUUGGACGAGCAUGGUGCUCCUAUGAGGAGAGAUGUAACUAAGAAAAAGCCUAGGCAGGCACAAGGAGUCUCUUCAUCUGCAUUACAGGAAGCUCAUGAUAUAUUUGGAAAUGUGGAUGAUUUAUUGAAGCGUCGCGCAUAUCAUGAUGGCAGAAAGGAAAGGACUGGCGGUGGAGUUGAUCCAACUAUUAUCGCAGAAAAGUAUAUGACUGAGAAGGAUGACUUGAUUCGUAACACAGAUUUUCCAGAAAGGUGGCAGAUCUUCGAACAUAGUACUGGCCCUCCACCAACAGAUGAAUCGAGUAUAGAUGAAGAGAGUACUUGGAUUUGCAAUGAGCUUAGAAACAUGAUACAUUUGUUUGGAAGAAUUGUUGAAAUUAGUGAGCUUUCAAUAGUCAAGGAAGAUGUGAUGAGAUUCUUGGAUUUUAUUCAUAUCCAGAAAUUGGAUGUGCCUUUUAUUGCAAUGUACAGAAAGGAUGAAUGCCCAAGUCUGUUUAAGGAUCCAGAGCAGCUUGAAGCUGAUGCUCUUCAAAAUAUUUCUGACGGAAAACCAGCAUUAAUGUGGCAUAAGAUACUCUGGACCAUUCUUGAUUUGGAUAAAAAGUGGCUACUUCUCCAGAAAAGAAAGAGUGCCUUACAAUUAUACUACAAGAAGAGAUAUGCCGAGGAGUCUCGAAUUAUUGAUGAUGAAACUAGGCUCAACUUUAUUAGGCAGUUGUUUGACUCAGUCACCAAGUCUCUCAAGGCAGCUGUAUCAGAACGCGAGGUUGAUGACGUGGACUCAAAGUUCAAUCUUCAUUUUCCACCUGGGGAGGUUGGUGAUGUUAAUGGGCAGUAUAAGCGGCCAAAGCGGAGAUCACAGUACAGUAGUUGCAGUAAGGCAGGGCUGUGGGGGCUAGUUAGUAAACUUGGCUAUAGCUCGGAGCAAUUUGGGCUGCAGUUAUCCUUGGAGAAAAUGAGAAUGGAGGAGCUGUUGGACAGCAAGGAAACCCCAGAAGAAGCGGCUUUAAAUUUUAUAUGUGCUAUGUUUGAAACACCUCAAAAUGUUCUUAGAGGCGCGAGGCACAUGGCAGCUCUUGAGAUUUGCUGGGAACCCUAUGUGCGCAAACAUGUGCGGAGCAUCUAUAUGGAUAAUGCUGUAGUGUCAACAAUUCCUACCCCUGAUGGAAAUGUCGCUAUAGAUGCUUCUCAUCAGUAUGCAACUAUAAAAUGGUUACGGGAAAAACCUCUUGGGAAAUUUAUGGACGCGCAGUGGCUUCAAAUUCAGAAGGCUGAAGAGGAGAAGCUUAUUAAAGUUACAUUAAAGCUUCCAGAACCUGUCUUGAGCAAAUUGAUUAGCGACUCUAAUGAGAAUUAUCUUAGUGACGGAGUAAGCAAAUCUGCUCAACUAUGGAAUGAACAGAGGAAGCUGAUACUGCAAGAUGCCUUUUUUGAUUUUCUUCUACCUUCAAUGGAGAAGGAAGCAAGAUUAUUGCUGGCUGGUAGAGCAAGGAGUUGGUUGCUUCUGGAAUAUGGAAAGUUGUUGUGGGACAGAGUUUCUGUGGCGCCAUAUCAGAGAAAGGAGCAAGAUCUGAGCUCUGAUGAAGAAGCUGCACCAAGAGUUAUGGCUUGCUGUUGGGGUCCAGGAAAGCCUGCAACAACAUUUGUGAUGCUGGACUCGUGUGGAGAAGUGUUGGAUGUGCUGUAUGCUGGGUCCAUUUGCAACCGUGGUCAAAAUGUUAAUGAUCAGCAACGUAAAAAGAAUGACCAGCAGAGAGUUUUGAAGUUCAUGACUGAACAUCAACCACAUGUCGUUGUUCUCGGAGCUGCAAAUUUGUCUUGUACUCGUUUAAAGGAAGAUAUAUAUGAGAUAAUUUUCAAGAUGGUGGAGGAAACCCCUAGAGAGGUUGGCCAUGAUAUGGAUGGUAUAAGCAUUUUAUAUGGCGAUGAAACUUUUCCUCACCUUUACGAGAAUUCUCGUAUCUCUUCAGAUCAGCUUCCUUUGCAGUCAGGCAUUGUCAAGCGAGCUGUGGCUUUAGGUCGUUACCUUCAGAAUCCAUUAGCAAUGGUUGCUACACUGUGUGGACCAGGCAAAGAAAUAUUAUCUUGGAAGCUUAGUCCUUUGGAGGAUUUUUUAACCUCUGAUGACAAGUUUGGGAUGAUUGAACAGAUUAUGGUAGAUGUAACUAAUCAAGUAGGGCUCGACGUUAAUCUGGCAUUAAGCCAUGAAUGGUUAUUCUCUACUAUGCAAUUUAUCUCUGGGCUAGGGCCUAGGAAGGCGGCAUCUUUGGUAAGGUCUUUAGUAAGAAAUGGAGCUAUUUUUACACGCAAGGACUUGUUGACAGAACACGGGAUUGGUAAGAGGGUUUUUGUUAAUUCAGUUGGUUUCUUACGAGUCCGGCGGACUGGAAUGGCUGCUUCUACUAGUCAAUUCAUUGAUAUGUUGGAUGAUACAAGAAUUCAUCCAGAAUUUUAUGGUCUUGCACAAGAACUUGCAAGAGAUGUAUAUCUUGAAGAUGUUCAAGAUGAUACAGUUGAUUAUGAUGAUGAUGAAGUGUUGCAGUUGGCAAUAGAACAUGUCAGGGAGAAGCCACACCUGUUGAAAUCACUCGAGGUGCACGAAUAUGCUAAAUCGAAGCAGUUAGAAAGUAAAAUUCAAACACUAAAUCUAAUAAGAUUGGAGUUGAUUCAUGGAUUUCAAGAUUGGCGAAAACCAUAUGCAGAGCCAAGCCAAGAUGAGGAAUUCUGCAUGAUAUCAGGGGAGACUGAAGAUAGCCUUGCUGAAGGAAGAAUUGUGCAGGCAACAGUUCGGAGGGUGCUACCCCAGAAAGCAAUAUGUGUUCUCGACUCUGGGUUGGUAGGUAUACUUGGCAAGGAAGACUAUGCAGAUGAUUGGAAGGAGUUGCCUGAUUUGAAUGAAAAGCUGAAUGAAGGUGAAAUUUUAAGCUGCAAAAUCAAAUCCAUUCAGAAGAACAGGUACCAGCUAUUCUUAAGUUGCAAGGAAAGCGAAAUGAGGAAUAAUCAGUACCAUAAUCACCAAAAUCUUGAUCCACACUAUCAUGAGGAUCGUAGCAGUUUACCAGGGGAUCAAGACAAAACGCGCAAGCAGAAGGAGCUUGGCAGAAAGUAUUUCAAGCCACGUCUGAUAGUUCAUCCUCGCUUUCAGAAUAUAACAGCUGAUGAGGCAGUUGAGUUCCUGUCUGACAAGGAUAUUGGUGAGAUUGUUGUACGUCCGAGUUCUCGUGGACCCUCGUUUUUGACUUUGACAUUGAAAGUCUACGAUGGAAUUUAUGCUCACAAGGAUAUAAUUGAAGGUGGGAAGGAGCAAAAGGACUUAACAAGCUUGCUCCGAAUUGGGAAAACCUUAAAAGUUGGAGACCAAACAUUUGAGGAUCUAGAUGAGGUUAUUGACAGGUAUGUUGAUCCAUUGGUAGCUCAGCUGAAAGUGAUGCUUAACUACCGCAAAUUCAAGAAAGGCACCAAAGCAGAAAUUGACGAGUGUCUUAGGAUUGAGAAAGCCGAGAAUCCAAUGAGAAUUGUUUAUUGCUUUGGCAUAUCUUAUGAACACCCUGGAACAUGUAUUCUCACCUAUAUUAGGACUUUAAACCCCCAUCAUGAAUAUGUUGGUGUCUACCCAACUGGGUUUAAAUUUCGUAGGAAGAUGUUUGGGGAAAUUGAUCGACUCGUUGCAUAUUUCCAAAGACAUAUUGAUGAUCCACAAAAAUCAGAACUGUCAGUUCGAUCCGCUGCUGCAAUGGUUCCACUUGGAAGUGCUGCAAUCGGGGGCCAAUCUGGUGGAUGGGAUGAUUCUAGAAGCGGCGGUGAUGGUUCUAGUGCAGGCAGAGGUGACUUUAAAAAUGGCGGCAGUCAGGAUGGACAUCCAAGUGGUAUUCCUAGACCUUAUGGUGGUAUGGGCCGUGGACGGGGACGUGGCCGGGGAUCAUACAAUGGUAGCGGAAGAGGUGAUGGCUAUAGCAGCGGAAAGCAAGAUGUGGAUACUUGGACUCAGAGUGAUGAUAAAUGGGGAGGCAAUGGAAGUGGCGAUGGUAAAAAUACUGGUGGCUGGGACGGAAGUGGUGGUACAGCUGGUGGUUGGGGAGGAAGCGGUGGGGGAAGUGAUGGUACUGCUGCUGGUUGGGGAGGAAGUGGUGGCGGAACUGAUGGUACUGCUGGUGGCUGGGGAGGAAGUGGUGGCGGAAGUGAUGGUACUGCCGGUGGUUGGGGAGGAAGUGGUGGUGGAACUGAUGGUAGUGCUGGUGGUGGUACUACUCGUGGCUGGGGAGGAAGUGGUGGCGGAAGCGAGGGUAAUGCUGGUGGUUGGGGAGGAAGUGGUGGCGGAAGUGAUGGUAUUGCCGGUGGUUGGGGAGGAAGUGGUGGUGGAACUGAUGGUACUGCUGCUGGUGGUACUACUGGUGGCUGGGGAGGAAGUGGUGGUGGAACUGAUGGUACUGCUGGUGGUGGUACUACUGGUGGCUGGGGAGGAAGUGAUGGCGGUAGUGAUGUUACUGCUGGUGGUUGGGGAGGAAGUGUUGGCAAUACAGGUGGCGGCAGCAGUGGUGCCACUGGCGGUGGUAUCAGUGGUUGGGGCGGAAGUGGUGGUAGUGAUACUGGUGGUGGCUGGGGUGGUGGUGCUGACACUGGUGGUGCUACCGGUGGUUGGGGCGGAAGUGGUGGUGGCUGGGGAGGUGGUGGAAGUUCUGGUGGUGCGGCCAGUGGUUGGGGAGCAAGUGGUGGUGAUAAUGGUAGUUAUGGCGGAUCUGAAGGUGUUGAUAGCAGAAGCGGGGGCAGAGGCAGGGGACGUGAUGGUAGAGGCAGAGGCAGGGGAAGAGAUGGUAGAGGUAGAGGCAGGGGGGGAGAUAGUGAACGUGGAGGUAGCAGUUGGGGAGGUGGUGGUGGUGGCAGUAAUGAUGGUACUGCUGGUGGUUGGGGAGGUGGUGGCAGUUCCGGUGGUGCCGCUGGUGGUUGGGCUGCGAGUGGUGGUGAUAAUGUUGGUUAUGGGGGUAAUGGCGGAUCUGGAGGUCUUGAUAGCGGAAGCAGUGGCAGAGGCAGGGGAUUUGAUGGUAGAGGCAGAGGCCGGGGACGGGAUGGUGGAGGUAGAGGCAGGGGUGGAGAUGGUGAAAGUGGAGGUAGCAGUUGGGGAAGUGGUGGUGGCAAUAGAGGCAGGGGAGGUGGUGGUAGAGGUCGGGGUGGUAGAGGUGGAAGUGAUGAAGGUAGUGGUGGUGGUUGGGGAGGUGGUGCAAAUGGCGGUGGAGGUAGCAGCAGCAGUUGGGGAGGUAGUGGCAGUAGUGGACAUUGGGGAGGUGGAAGUGGAGGUGAUGAAGGUGGUGGUUGGGGAUCUAACAAAGGUAAAAGUGGUGGCAGCAAUAGUAAUUGGGGAGGUGCUGGAAAUGGCGGUGGAGGUAAUGGUGGUGGUGGUAGUGGAGGGGGAAAAGAGGGUUGGGGUACUGGCAGCAAUAGCAGCUGGGGUGGUGGAAAUGCUGGUGCUUCUGAUGGAGGUUGGGGAUCUGACAAAGGUGGUGGCAGCAAUAGUAGUUGGGGAGGUCCUGGAAAUGGUGGAGGUAGUGGAGGUGACAAAGGGGGUUGGGGUAGUGGCAGCAAUAGCAGCUGGGGUGGUGGAAAUGCCAGUGCUUCUGGUGGUGGUGGUGGAGGAGGUUGGGGAGCUGAUGUGGGUAAAGGUGGUGGCACUGAUGAAGCGGGUGGCAGUGGAACUGGUGGUUGGGGUGGUGGCAGCAAUAGCGGCUGGGGUGGUGGAAAUGCAGGUGCCUCUGGUUCUGGCAAAGAUGUUCCAAAAUCAGGGAGUUCUGGCUGGGGUUAACAGGGAAACUUAAAGUUGGUUAAUUUUGUAGUUGGAAGAAUUUGGAUACCUCAUUUCUGAUUUCUAGUUGAAUUAGUUUAGUUGGUUACUGUGAUGGUUCAGGUAGUUGUACUCUCGUAUGCAGGAGCAUCCCGAACUAGAAUUUCUAUUACCUUUUGGCAAAAUAUUUGGCAUCAGAACCGCAGGACUUUCA